AAUGCACUUACCCUUUGCUUUUUAUCUCUCCCGCAACCAUGACGGAACGCUCAAUUUCAAGAGGCCGUGAAGCUUAUCGCUCUACUGGUCGAGGGGGUGCCGGAAAUAUACACCCUGCCUCCCAGGAUGAUAAUCGUCCUAUCGGUGGCCCAGAUGAUUUUUCCCCUACAAGAGGAAGAGAGCUCACGGUACAUCAUGACACCCUGUAUUCUACCGGACGAGGAGGUGCAGGAAACAUCCGUUCACCAUCAAGAGAACCUCAAGCUACUCCGGAUUCUCGAGAGCAGGAAGUUAUCAAGGGCGAAGCGGAGAAGAAUAUUGCACACUCGACCGGACGCGGAGGUCUCGGUAACAUGUCUCGAUCCCGGUCCAGGGGACCAUCUCAGACUAGCUCUAGCGCCCCUUUACACGUGCAUUCCACCGGUCGUGGUGGUACUGGAAACAUCUUUGAAGGUGAUGCUCCAUCGAUCGAGACGGUAAUGGAGGACGAAGAUUUAGAUUUUCAGUUCAAGCCCGCUACUAUUCACUCCACUGGCCGCGGCGGCCUAGCAAAUAUUUCCCACUCCCCUCCUCCUGGCGUCGAAAGCUACCGAGCAUCGGUCAACAAUCAGACAGGUUUCGAAUCCACUGGUCGAGGAGGUGCCGGUAAUAUGAGAGAACGAUCAGCAUCUCGUGAACCUCGGAGUCAAAGUCGCGGUAGAGUGGCUGAAAUUUUACAGCGGGUCGUACAUCCUUUGGAAAAGUCCAGUCGAGAGAGAACGGGGGAUAACCCUUCAGUUCAGCGGGGUAGAGCGAUAGAAACUUCCAAAUGAUUCGCUAUACGAUCGAGGGCCUAUCCCAUAUGACUCUGUAUUGUGCCUAUCUAUCUGCCUAUCUAUUCUUGAGUAGACAUCGCUAAUGUAUGUAAAUUACUCCUGUAUGUCUUUGUCAUUAUCGUUUCAAGGGUAUUCCUCAACUCCGCGUUGUUUAGUAUCGCCAGCGGCCAGCAGUACAAAAUCUUCGCG